AUGGGUCCUGUUUGGCUUCUUUAUGUGCUCCCAUCCCUCCUCAGAGCGCAGGUGACUCCAGACUUCACACCAGGAGUCACGAUGGAGGCGGACAACAGCACGAACUUUUUAACAAACAGCACAGGACCCCCAGAGACCUCCACCAGCCCCUCCAGUUCCUUCAGACACCCAGAGCCUACUGGGUUUGCAGUGUUGCCUUCAGAAGCUCCCACCGAGGAGGAAGAUGACUGGUCACCAGCAGAGGUCUUCAUGUACACUGGAGAACCCUCCACUCUGGAAGUGGCCCGCUGCUCACGGGCGUACAGCCCACCGGGGCAGACCGGAUCCCUGCCCGUCAGCUUCAGUGUCCCCCUUCGGCCAGCUUUGGAUGCGCUGGCCAACACCGCCAACUUCCUGAACAUGAUUUUCCAGGCCAGUGACCUGCGGGAAAGCACCGUGCAGGAGGACAUGGAGUGGUACCAUGCCCUGGUCCGCGCCCUCUUAGAGGCCGACGUGCUCAUCCAGCGGGCCCUGCUCACCUUCGAUGCCGACCCGACUUCCCCGGUGCCGCAGCUGGUGCUCCGUGCCUCCCGCAACCCGACGGCCAAGGUGCAGACCAUCAUCCUCCAGGACUUAUCCAAAGCCUGGAAGAGCCUGCACCCGCCUGCCCCAGCCCCCGACGACAGCUGGUUCACAAGUUUCAAAUUCCCAGAGUCCAGCCAGUCGAUGUCAACCCUGUCCAAGCGGGUGCUAUUCAAUGAUCUCAGCACCUUGGACACACCCAAGUGGAGGCAGGGUGACAGCUAUGUGACCAAUCGCAGCGGGGUGCGCUGGGCCAGUUCCCCCUUCCUUGACUGUAAGGACGAGCGCUUUGUGCCUGGCUGGAUGCUCACCCUGUCCACAUCCUUUUAUGGCCUCAAGCCUGACCUGACACCAGAGUUCAGAGGUGUAAUCCGUGUGGAUGUCAACAUUCAAGACAUCGACCUGAACCAGUGUGCAAAAGGAGACGGCUGGUUUGCUGAUAGUCACGAGUGCAACCGCACCACCAUGGAGUGUGUACCAAUUCCUGGCCGGGGUUUCCGACUGGGUCAGUACUGCUGCCGCUGUAAAGAGGGUUACUACAACCCUGAAAUGGCCCCUCAAGACCGAGGUGUAGAUGCAGAUGGUGGCCCUGUGAACAGGAGUGAUGGCGGCGGUGUGUGUUACCCAAACAUGCCCAUUUGUCUCCCAUGCUGGCCGGGCUGUAAGAGCUGUCAGGAUGGCGCCCCGUGCUUGGUGCAGGAGGCCUGGCUUCUCAGGGCAAGCGUGUUGGCCAUCCAGGGUGUCUUCAUGUUCCUCAUCUUCGUCAGCAUGCUGGUGGCCUACAGGCAUCGUCGAAACCGGAGGAUCCGGGCGUCCGGCCUCCUGCUGCUGGAGACAAUCUUGUUCGGCUCUCUGCUCCUCUACUUCCCGGUCUUCAUCAUGUACUUCAAGCCGAGUACGUUCAGGUGUAUUCUGCUCCGCUGGGUCAGAAUGCUGGGCUUCUCCAUCGUGUACGGCACAGUCACACUGAAAAUGUACAGGGUGCUGAAGGUGUUCCUCUCACGCACGGCCCAGAGAGUGCCCUACAUGUCCAGCCUCCACCUGCUGAGGAUUCUGGGAGUGAUGCUGAUGACGGUCAGCUGGUUCCUGUGUGCGUGGACAGUGGGUGUCCUCCAGAACCGCGACAGGAACAUCCCAGUGUUCAUCACAACCACCACGUCAGACGGCCAGGGGUUUAACCUGUGUUACCUGGACCGCUGGGACUACAUGAUGGCUGUGGCUGAGCUUCUGUUCCUAUGCUGGGGCAGCUCCUUGUGGACCGCCGUCAGGCCGGUCCCCUCAGCCUUUCACGAGCCUCGCUACAUGGGCAUCGCCAUCCACAACGAGCUGCUUCUCUCCACCAUGUUUCACCUGUUCCGAUUCACCUUUCCCUCUCUCCAUCCUGAUUGGAUGUUGCUGCUCUCCUUCACGCACACCCAUGUGACCAUCACUGUCACACUCGCCCUGCUCUUCAUUCCGAAGUUUCUUUAUGUGUCUAAGCCUGGGAGGGAGGAGAUUGCUGCAGAGGUGUAUGAAGAUGAAGUGGACCUUCGCCGUUCUGGCUCGUACCUCAAUAGCAGUUUUCACUCUGCUUGGAGUGAGCACAGUGUGGACCCGGAUGACUUUCGGGAUGAACUGAAGAAGUUAUACGCCCAGUUAGAAGUCCACAAGACCAAGAAGAUGACCACAAACAACCCUCAUCUGUCAAAGAAGCGAAGUUCUCGAUGUGCAUUGGGUAGAUCCAUUAUUAGACGCAUUGCUGAGAUCCCAGAGACCAUGAGCCGGCAGUGUAGCCGUGAGGAGAAAGAUGGAUCCUUCCACAGAAGGAGUGUGAAUCAGUCUGACUCUUUCAGGAGGACCCCAGAUACAGUAUCAAUCAGUAUCAGUUACAGAAGUUCAAUGAAGACACCAUCACCAUCCAUGCGCAAGUCCCAAAGUGAUCAUCACUAUGUCAGAGAAAGAGAGUCUUCUUUGUGUGACUCCAUGUUAAAGGCCAACACUGCGAAGAGAUCUUCCCGGCGAUCUGAGACGGAUUCAUUGGAUAUUCCACCUGGGGUCUGCAAGUCAGCCAGUGCCCAAAAUCUGUCAAUUGAUACCAAUCUCCUGCAUCCUGAUCACACCAGGCUUCAUAAGUCCUGGAGUCUAACCUCGACAACCACACAUUCUAUGGAGAACAUACCUAAGGUUAACAGAGCCAGCACAGUGCUGACAAGGUCUAGGCAGAGCGUAUCCAUUGGUGAGCAGACCAGGAGUGCUCUCCAGUCAGAGUCAUUUGACAAGGCUGAGGUCUGUCCUUGGGAGGUGGAGCCAGAACAUUCAGAGGACAAGAACCAGAAGCAUGUCACCUACGCAAACUCAGAGGAUGAUGAAGUAAAAAGACCACCAUCUCCACAGGCACUUAUCUGUCCCUGGGACCAUUUACCACCUGUAGAGAAUAAUCCUUCAGAGAAUAAAGGUGAAACUGAGUCCCCCAAACCACAGGCCACUGUGUCUGCAAGUGCACCAGGGUCUCCAAGACCAAAGAUCACAAAAGAUCAACGUGUUUUCUCCUUCCGCACCACCACCAGUAAAUGGCUCUCUGUGAAAUCAAUUAUGGGAUCCAUGGAUGCAGGAAGCAAGUCCAGUAAGGAUGGAAGUUUACAUAAAGAGGAUUCUGUUUCACAGAAAAGUCAGGAAAGUGCUUCCACAACACCAAGAUCGGGAACAUCUAGUAGACGUCCAAGCAUGGAAAAGAGGUCACUGCAGAAAAGAAGUAUGACAACAACAGAAGGAAAACCAUGCCUUGUGAAGCAAAAUGCCAUCAGACUGUCCUCUGGGGAUUCUUCUGACAGAAGCCCAAGAAGGCUUGUGAUUGUAAAAUCUGCUGUCCACCCUUGGGACAUGGACGAUAUGCAAAAAGAUGGCACUUACGAAAAUGUGUUUUUAUCAAGGCAGAACAGCAAACGAAGUAGUAUAAGUUCUUGGGAAACUGUCAGCAGCUGUAGAACUCCUUCUACUCACAGAAGAGGUAGUAAUCGAAUUACACCAGUCCGUAAUGUUUCCCAUGCAGAUGUGUGUCCAUGGGAUGGAGCUGGUACUUUUCAGGAAGGAGAGGGACUAAAGAAGCAGCAGAGCAUUAAAGCAGAUGUCUGCCCUUGGGAAUCACAGGUAUCUGAACCAUCUAAUGUAUGUCCAUGGGAAUCUCAAGACCAAGGGAAUGUAAGAAAACAAGCAAGUGCCCAUGGUAACGUGUGUCCUUGGGAAUCUCAGGAUAUUCCUGUUAUUUAUCAGAAAAACCUGUCCAGAGAUUCACAGGCACAGCAGUCUUUGAAACGUGCAGCAGACAUAUGUCCAUGGGAGACUGCAGAGACUUCCAAACCUUCAAUAAGGUGUGAUAAUGAAUAUGCAAAUGUGUGUCCUUGGGAUGUUCAGGACAAGGGUGAAGUUGUAUAUGAAAACCUAAAUCCGCUGGAGACAAAGGGAACGCUGACAGUGCCGUUUCGACAAGAAGUUAUGAAAGCUGCAGUCUACCCUGGUGCAUCAAAGGAAAGUUUCAGUAAUGAGCAACAGUACCAUGCACAAUCGCCUGCCCUGCAUUUGGGUCAGCAAGUAAGCAAGACAACAGAAAGUUGCCCAUGGGAUUUCCCUGAUCCCCCCAAAAUCACGGCAAACAUUUGUCCUUGGGAAGAAGGGAACACAGAGCCAACAAACACAGACUCAACUUCACAAAUCACCACAAAGCUAGCUGUUUGUCCCUGGGAGACAGGACAUCAAGGCAAUCCAGAAGACUUGCAAAAAGGUGUCACGCCUGUGAAAGUUGCGUCCAUACAGACUGAAGUGAACGACAGUGCAAGAGUGAACAUUUGUCCCUGGGAAACUGAGCCUUCUGAAAAAAACACAGCUACCAAGAUGGUGUCACAAGGAUGGGAUAGUGGCACACCAGAAUCAGGAAAGCCAGACACCCCCAAAAUAUCAGAGAGUCAUAUAAGGCAAAACACAGCUCAUGCAAAUGUUUAUGUUUGUCCAUGGGAGACAGAAGAACCAAAAGUCCUCACAAAGCAAGAUAGUGCUCGGGCAGAUGUUUGUCCAUGGGAGACAGAAGAACCAAAAGUCCUCACAAAGCAAGACAGUGCUCGCACAGAUGUUUGUCCAUGGGACACAGAAGAACCAAAAGUCCUCAAAAAGCAAGAUAGUGCUCGGGCAAAUGUUUGUCCAUGGGAGACAGAAGAGCCAAAAGUCCUCACAAAGCAAGAUAGUGCUCGGGCAGAUGUUUGUCCAUGGGAGACAGAAGAACCAAAAGUCCUCACAAAGCAAGAUAGCGUUCGAGCAGAUGUUUGUCCAUGGGAUACUGAAGAACCAAAAGUCCUCACAAAGCAAGAUAGUGCUCGGGCAGAUGUUUGUCCAUGGGAGACAGAAGAACCAAAAGUCCUCACAAAGCAAGAUAGCGUUCGAGCAGAUGUUUGUCCAUGGGAUACUGAAGAACCAAAAGCCCUCACAAACCAAGAUAGCGAUUGGGCAGAUGUCUGUCCAUGGGAAUCUAAGGAUCCACAAACCUCAAUCCAAAGCAAAGUUGAUAUUCCCAACAGUGACAAUGAUGGAGUCACAAAGGACCAGGGGCCACUCAGUGUAGAAGAGACUCCAGCUAGUAUCAGCACAGAACAGAUAGAUGAGUCUAAAGAAAACUUAGCCCUGGGUCGCCGUGAUGCUUUGUGUCCCUGGGAGAUGGCAAGGAGCAGAUCUGGAUCAUUCACAGACAAUGCCUCGGACGUUUUUACAUGGGAGCCUGAGAAUAUUCCUGAGGAAGAUGAAGAGGAUGAUGCAGAAUGUGCUGCUGAGGCGCUCGUAUUCCCACCUGACUUGUGA